AUGGGAAUACGUCCUGCUGAUGUGGAUUUUGCGACUACAGCAACGCCCACUGAAAUGAAGGAACUGUUCGAGCGUGAAGAGAUUCGAAUGCUGCAUAAGCGAGGAGAGGAGCAUGGUACAAUAACAUGUCGUAUAGAUGAUGCGGAAAACUUUGAGAUCACAACGUUGAGAAUCGAUUUGGUGUGCGAUGGACGUCGUGCUGAAGUGCAGUAUACGACCGAUUGGCAGCUGGAUGCUAAUCGACGAGAUUUAACCAUCAAUUCGCUUUUCCUCGAUCUGGAUGGAAACGUGAUCGAUUAUUUUGGUGGCAUAAGAGAUAUCGAGAAGAGACGUGUAGCCUUUGUUGGUAAUGCUGUGCAACGGAUUCAAGAAGAUUAUCUCCGAAUUUUA